AUGAGGGGCCGGCGGGGCAGGCCGCCCAAGCAGCCCGCGGCUCCCGCUGCGGAGCGCUGCGCCCCGGCCCCGCCGCCGCCGCCGCCGCCCACGUCCGGACCCAUCGGGGGGCUCCGCUCGCGGCACCGCGGCAGCAGCCGGGGCAGGUGGGCCGCCGCCCAGGCUGAGGUGGCGCCCAAGACGCGGCUGAGCUCGCCCAGGGGGGGCAGCAGUAGCCGGAGGAAGCCGCCGCCGCCGCCGGCCCCCCCUAGCACCAGCGCCCCGGGCCGGGGGGGGCGAGGAGGCGGGGGCGGCAGGACGGGGGGCGGGGGCGGCGGCGGCCACCUGGCCCGGACCACCCCGGCCCGGAGGGCCGUCAACAAAGUGGUGUACGAUGACCACGAGAGCGAGGAGGAGGAGGAGGAGGAGGAGGACAUGGUCUCCGAGGAGGAGGAGGAGGAGGAGGAGGACGGCGAGGCUGAGGAGACCCAGGAUUCCGAGGACGACGAGGAGGAUGAGAUGGAAGAGGACGACGAUGACUCCGAUUAUCCGGAGGAGAUGGAAGACGACGACGACGACGACGCCAGUUAUUGCACGGAAAGCAGCUUCAGGAGCCAUAGCACCUAUAGCAGCACUCCAGGUAGGCGAAAACCGAGAGUACAUCGGCCUCGUUCUCCAAUAUUGGAAGAAAAAGACAUCCCACCCCUUGAAUUUCCCAAGUCCUCUGAGGAUUUAAUGGUGCCUAACGAGCAUAUAAUGAAUGUUAUUGCCAUUUAUGAGGUACUGCGGAACUUUGGUACAGUUUUAAGGUUAUCUCCUUUUCGCUUUGAGGACUUCUGUGCAGCUCUCGUGAGUCAGGAGCAGUGCACGCUUAUGGCGGAGAUGCACGUCGUGCUUUUGAAAGCAGUUUUGCGUGAAGAAGACACUUCCAAUACUACCUUUGGACCUGCCGAUCUGAAAGAUAGCGUGAAUUCCACGCUGUAUUUCAUCGACGGCAUGACGUGGCCAGAGGUGCUGCGGGUGUACUGUGAGAGCGACAAGGAGUACCAUCAUGUUCUUCCGUACCAGGAAGCAGAGGACUAUCCUUACGGACCAGUAGAGAACAAAAUCAAAGUUCUGCAGUUCUUAGUCGAUCAGUUUCUUACCACAAACAUUGCUCGUGAGGAGUUGAUGUCGGAAGGGGUGAUCCAGUAUGAUGACCACUGUAGGGUUUGUCACAAGCUCGGGGAUUUGCUUUGCUGUGAGACCUGCUCAGCGGUGUACCAUUUGGAGUGUGUGAAGCCGCCUCUCGAGGAGGUGCCAGAGGAUGAGUGGCAGUGUGAAGUCUGCGUAGCACAUAAGGUUCCUGGUGUGACUGACUGCGUUGCUGAAAUCCAAAAAAACAAACCGUAUAUUCGGCAUGAGCCUGUUGGAUACGACAGAAGUCGGAGGAAAUACUGGUUCUUAAACCGAAGACUCAUAAUAGAAGAAGAUACAGAAAAUGAAAAUGAAAAGAAAAUUUGGUACUACAGCACAAAGGUCCAGCUUGCAGAAUUAAUUGACUGUCUAGACAAAGAUUACUGGGAAGCAGAGCUCUGCAAAAUUCUAGAAGAAAUGCGUGAAGAAAUCCACCGGCACAUGGACAUAACUGAAGAUCUGACCAACAAGGCUCGGGGCAGUAAUAAAUCCUUUCUGGCGGCAGCUAAUGAAGAAAUUUUGGAAUCUAUAAGAGCCAAAAAAGGAGACAUUGAUAUUGUUAAAAGUCCAGAAGAAAUAGAAAAGGAGAAGAAUGAGACUGAGAAUAAUAACUCCAAAGAUGCUGAGAAAAGCAGAGAGGAGUUUGAAGACCAGAGUCUUGAAAAAGACAGUGAUGACAAAACACCAGAUGGUCCUGAGCAAGGAAAAUCUGAGGAGCCAACAGAAGUUGGGGAUAAAGGUAACUCUGUGUCAGCAAAUCUUGGCGACAACACAACAAAUGCUUCUUCAGAAGAGACUAGUCCCUCUGAAGGGAGGAGUCCCGUGGGGUGUCUCUCAGAAACCCACGAUAGCAGCAACAUGGCAGAGAAGAAGGUGGCAUCUGAGCUCCCCCCGGAUGUACCAGGAGCUGUGUGCAUAUUUUUGAAAAACAAAUUAGAAAAUUUAGAAGAACCUAACAAGACAUGUGACAGCAGUAACACUAGUGCUACCACUACCUCCACCCAGCCUAAUCUGGAAAACAGUAACAGCAGCAGUGAACUAAAUUCUUCCCAGAGUGAAUCUGCUAAGGCAGCUGAUGAUCCUGAAAAUGGAGAAAGAGAAUCUCAUACACCUGUCUCUAUUCAAGAAGAGAUAGGUGAUUUCAAAUCAGAGAAGUCUAAUGGGGAAAUAAGUGAGUCUCCUGGAGGUGGAAGAGGAGCAUCUGGUUCCACUCGGAUUAUCACCAGGUUACGGAAUCCAGACAGCAAACUGAGUCAGCUGAAGAGCCAGCAGGUGGCAGCCGCAGCCCACGAGGCAAAUAAAUUAUUUAAGGAGGGGAAAGAGGUCCUGGUAGUUAAUUCUCAAGGAGAAAUUUCACGGUUGAGCACCAAAAAGGAAGUGGUCAUGAAGGGAAAUAUCAACAAUUAUUUUAAGUUGGGUCAAGAGGGGAAGUAUCGUGUCUACCACAAUCAGUACUCCACCAAUUCAUUUGCUUUGAAUAAGCACCAGCACAGAGAAGACCAUGAUAAGAGAAGGCAUCUUGCACAUAAAUUCUGUCUGACUCCAGCUGGAGAGUUCAAAUGGAAUGGUUCUGUCCAUGGAUCCAAAGUUCUUACCAUAUCUACUCUGAGACUGACUAUCACCCAGUUGGAAAACAAUAUCCCUUCCUCCUUUCUCCAUCCCAACUGGGCGUCACACAGGGCCAAUUGGAUCAAGGCCGUUCAGAUGUGUAGCAAACCCAGAGAAUUUGCAUUGGCUUUAGCUAUUUUGGAGUGUGCGGUUAAACCAGUUGUGAUGCUCCCAAUCUGGCGGGAAUCUUUAGGACAUACCAGGUUACAUAGAAUGACAUCAAUUGAAAGAGAAGAAAAGGAGAAAGUCAAAAAAAAAGAGAAAAAACAAGAAGAGGAAGAAACAAUGCAACAAGCUACAUGGGUAAAAUACACGUUUCCAGUUAAACAUCAGGUUUGGAAACAAAAAGGAGAGGAAUACAGAGUAACAGGAUAUGGUGGUUGGAGCUGGAUUAGUAAAACUCAUGUUUAUAGGUUUGUUCCUAAAUUGCCAGGCAAUACUAAUGUGAAUUACAGAAAGUCAUUAGAAGAAACUAAAAAUAAUAUGGAUGAAAAUAUGGAUGAAUCAGAUAGAAGAAAAAGUCCACGAAGUCCCAAAAAAAUAAAAACAGAGUCUGAUUCAGAGAAAGGCGAGGUAAAAGAUUCAGAUGCUACAAAAGGAGCAGACCAAAGUGACAUGGACAUUUCAAAGGUUACUGAGAAGAAGGACCAAGAUGUAAAAGAAGUUUUAGACUCUGACAAUGAUAAAUCCUUUAAGGAAGAACCGAUGGAAAUAGAUGAUGAUGUGAAAACAGAGUCACAUAUAAAUUGUCAGGAAAGUUCUCAAGUAGAUGUGGUCAAUGUCAGUGAGGGUUUUCAUUUAAGGACUAGUUAUAAAAAGAAAAUCAAAUCAUCCAAACUAGAUGGACUUCUUGAAAGGAGAAUUAAACAGUUUACACUGGAAGAAAAACAACGCCACGAGAAAAUGAAGUUGGAGGGUGGAAUUAAGGGUAUAGGAAAGACCUCCACAAGUUCUUUGAAAAGUCUGUCUGAAUCACCAGUAAUAACAAAAGUAAAAGAAGGGUGUCAAAGUGACUUGCUUACACAAGAACAGAGCUCUAAUGCAAGUAACGAUAAAUCUGCAGACUUGAUUCGGGGAUGUUCACAAAAUGAUUCCUCAAUUCUUGGAAUCAGUGAUCCUGAUCAUACAACAAACAAACUUUACUCAAAAGAUCAAAUGCUAGGUGAUGCGUCCAUUCAGAGCACAGAGACAAACUGUCAGAAACAAAAUUCUGUUCGAAAUGAUGUAGAUGAGAGUCUCUCUGACCCUGCCAGUAAAGGCCAGGAACCCAGUAAGAUUAAAACAAAAGGAAGUGAUUUUCUCAUUGAUGACGCUAAACUAGCCAGUGCAGAUGAAAUUGGUACUUUGAUCUAUAAGAACAAAAAACCACUCAUACAGGAAGAUAAUGACACCAUUGUGUCUCCUUCCCAGAGCCCUUUACUUCCAUCAGUACCUAAAAGUACUGAUGAUAGAGAUAUCCCAUCUCUGUCAAAAGCAAUAGACUUUGAAGGAAAAUUGGGAUGUGAUUCUGAAUAUAAUAGCACUUUGGAAAAUAGUUCUGAUACUAUGUCUAUUCAAGACAGCAGUGAAGAAGAUAUGAUUGUUCAGAAUAGCAAUGAAAGUAUUUCUGAACAGUUAAUAACUCAAGAACAAGGUAGUGAAGGCUUAGAACCAUUGAAACAUGAGUUUGUUUCAGAUAAGACCACUGGAAACUGUGACGACAGGCUGCAGGCUAAGGUAAAUGAAGCAAAUGGUAAAAAACCAAGUCAAGAUCAGAAACUAGAGGAGAGACCACUUAAUAAAUGUAUUGAUCAAAUCAAUCUGAAAAGUGUCACUGACAAAAAGAAUAAUGAAAACCGAGAGUCUGAAAAGAAAGGACAGAAAGCAAGUACCUUUCAAAUAAAUGGAAAAGAUAAUAAACCUAAAGUAUAUUUGAAAGGUGAAUGCUUGAAAGACAUUUCUGAGAGUAAAGUAGGAAGUUGUGACGUUGAACCAAAGGUUAAUAAUAUAAAUAAAAUAAUCCCUGAAAAUGAUAUUAAGUCUUUGACUGUUAAAGAAUCUGCUGUAAAGCCAUUCAUGAAUGGUGAUGUCAUCAUGGAAGAUUUUAAUGAAAAAAACAACUUGGAAACAAAAUCAUGUUUACUGAGGUCUUCGGAUACUGAAGGUGCCUACCAAGAUCGCCUAGAGACCCUGCCAUCAACCAAAGAGUCUGAGGGUACCCAAGCUACCACGCCUCUGCCAUCUUGUCCAGAAAGCAGUUCAGCCAAUCAGGAAGAAGAUAUGGAAAUUGAAACCUGCGAAGUUAAGAAAGUUACUUCGUCUCCUGUUACUUCUGGAGAGGACUCUAACUUCAGUAAUGAUUUUAUUGAUGAAAAUGGCCUGCCCACCAACAAAGAUGAAAAUGUCAAUGGAGAACCUAAAAGAAAAACAGUCAUCACAGAAGUCACCACCAUGACGUCCACAGUGGCCACAGAAUCAAAAACCGUAAUUAAGGUAGCAAAAGUUGAUAAGCAGACUGUGGUCUCUUCCACAGAAAAUUGUGCCAAGUCCACUGUCACAACCACCACUACAACGGUAACAAAGCUUUCCACGCCCUCCACAGGCAGCAGUGUGGACAUAAUCUCUGUGAAGGAGCAGAGCAAAACUGUGGUCACCACGACAGUGACAGACUCACUGACCACCGCAGGAGGCACUCUGGUAACAUCUAUGACUGUGAGCAAAGAAUAUUCCACAAGAGACAAAGUGAAACUCAUGAAGUUUUCAAGACCCAAGAAGACUCGUUCAGGUACAGCUCUGCCAUCGUACAGAAAGUUUAUCACCAAGAGCAGCAAGAAGAGCAUAUUUGUUUUGCCCAAUGAUGACCUAAAAAAAUUGGCCAGAAAAGGAGGAAUCCGAGAAGUCCCUUAUUUUAAUUACAAUGCAAAACCUGCCUUGGAUAUAUGGCCAUAUCCUUCUCCUAGACCAACCUUUGGUAUCACUUGGAGGUAUAGACUUCAGACCGUGAAGUCCUUAGCUGGAGUGAGUCUUAUGUUGCGGUUACUGUGGGCAAGUCUGAGAUGGGAUGACAUGGCAGCCAAGGCUCCUCCGGGAGGAGGGACUACACGGACAGAAACAUCUGAAACUGAAAUCACAACAACAGAAAUAAUUAAGAGGCGAGAUGUUGGUCCUUAUGGCAUUCGAUCUGAAUAUUGUAUCAGGAAAAUCAUCUGCCCCAUUGGAGUUCCAGAAGCACCAAAAGAAACACCUACGCCUCAGAGGAAAGGCCUUCGAUCGAGUGCAUUGCGGCCAAAGAGACCAGAAACGCCCAAGCAAACUGGCCCUGUUAUUAUUGAAACCUGGGUAGCAGAGGAAGAGUUGGAAUUAUGGGAGAUCAGGGCGUUUGCUGAGAGAGUGGAGAAAGAAAAGGCACAAGCAGUUGAGCAACAGGCUAAGAAACGAUUGGAACAGCAGAAGCCUACAGUAAUUGCAGCUUCCACUACUUCCCCAACAAACAGUACAACUAGUACCAUCUCUCCAGCACAGAAAGUUAUGGUGGCUCCCAUAAGUGGCUCAGUUACAACUGGCACUAAAAUGGUACUAACUACUAAAGUUGGAUCUCCAGCUACAGUAACAUUCCAGCAGAACAAGAACUUUCAUCAGACCUUUGCUACCUGGGUUAAGCAAGGCCAGUCAAAUUCAGGCGUUGUUCAAGUACAGCAGAAAGUCCUGGGUAUCAUCCCGUCCAGCACGGGGACAAGUCAGCAGACCUUUACUUCGUUCCAGCCCAGGACAGCAACAGUCACGAUUAGGCCCAAUACCUCAAGCUCUGGAGGAACUGCAAGCACUUCCCAAGUAAUCCCAGGGCCUCAGAUCCGCCCUGGCAUGACGGUGAUCAGAACCCCACUCCAGCAGUCAACACUAGGAAAGGCAAUUAUUCGAACACCUGUGAUGGUGCAGCCAGGUGCUCCUCAACAGGUGGUGACGCAGAUCAUCAGAGGGCAGCCUGUUUCCACUGCGAUCUCUGCGCCUAGUCCAGUUUCCUCAGCACCUGCACAGAAAGGAUUAACUUCAGGAGCACCCACUGCAAGUCUGCAGUCUUCAGCCUCACAGCCCCCUCGCCCCCAACAAGGACAGGUGAAGCUUACCAUGGCUCAACUCACCCAGUUAACACAGGGCCACGGUGGCAAUCAAGGUUUGACAGUAGUGAUUCAAGGACAAGGCCAGACUACUGGACAGUUGCAGUUGAUACCUCAAGGGGUAACUAUACUUCCCGGUCCAGGACAGCAGCUGAUGCAAGCCGCGAUGCCAAACGGUACCGUCCAGCGGUUCCUCUUCACCCCACUGGCAACGACGGCCACGGCAACCAGCACCACCACCACCACUGUUUCCACUACAGCAGCAGGUACAAGUGAACAAAGACAGAGUAAAUUAUCGCCCCUGACACAGGUGCAGCCAGCCAAGAGCCUGCCUCCCGCUCAGCCGUCGAGCACGAGUCCUGCAGAAGCCCAGCCUCAGACCGCUCAGACCGCCCAGCCCCAGCCCCCAACCCAGCCCCCAGCCCCAGCUCAGCCUGAAGCCCAGACCCAAGCAACUGCUGCCUCCCACGUCCCUCCUGAAGCACAGCCCACCCAAGCACAGUCCUCCAAACCCCAAGGUGCAGGACAGUGUCAGCCUCAGAGUAAUGUCCAAGGACAGUCUCCUGCUCGCGUCCAGAGUCCACCACAGACUCGAAUGCGUCCAUCAACUCCAUCCCAAGUGUCUCCUGGACAGCAGUCCCAGGGUCAGACUACAGCCUCACAGCCGAUUCCAAUUCAGCCACACACAUCUCUUCAGCCACCUUCCCAGAGCCAACCACAGUCACAACCCCAGGUACAGUCUUCAACUCAAACUCUUUCAUCAGGACAAACGUUAAGCCAAGUUACUGUUUCGUCCCCGUCCCGUCCUCCGCUCCAAGUACAGCAGCCUCAGCCCCAAGUCCUUGCUGUGCCGCAGCUGCAACAAGUCCAGGUUCUCUCCCAGAUCCAGUCACAGGUUGUGGCUCAGAUACAGGCUCAGCAAGGUGGUGUGCCCCAGCAGAUCAAACUCCAGUUACCCGUUCAGAUGCAGCAAAGCAGCCCUGUGCAGACUCACCAGAUUCAGAAUGUGGUUACAGUGCAGGCAGCCAGUGUGCAAGAGCAGUUGCAAAGGGUUCAGCAACUCAGGGAUCAGCAGCAAAAGAAGAAGCAGCAACAGAUAGAAAUUAAGCGGGAACACACCCUCCAAGCUUCUAAUCAAAGUGAAAUCAUUCAGAAACAGGUGGUGAUGAAGCAUAAUGCUGUAAUAGAACAUUUAAAACAGAAAAAGACCAUGACUCCAGCUGAAAGAGAAGAGAAUCAAAGAAUGAUUGUCUGUAACCAGGUGAUGAAGUAUAUUUUGGAUAAGAUAGAUAAAGAAGAAAAACAGGCAGCAAAAAAACGGAAGCGAGAGGAGAGUGUGGAACAGAAGCGUAGCAAACAGAAUGCCAGCAAGCUCUCUGCUCUGCUCUUCAAGCACAAAGAGCAACUCAAAGCCGAAAUACUGAAAAAGAGAGCACUGCUGGACAAAGAUCUACAAAUUGAAGUGCAGGAAGAGCUCAAGAGGGACCUGAAAAUUAAGAAGGAGAGAGACAUGGUGCAGGCCACAGCUGUCGCUGCCACCUCCCCCGCCGCAGCACCGGCACCUCCAGCCCCUCCGCCUUCCCCACCACCUCCACCCCCGCCACAGCACUCGGGCCCCCUAGCCACGGCCACGGCCACGGCCACGCUGCCUGUGGCUUCCCAGAAGAGGAAGCGAGAAGAGGACAGAGACUCAAGCUCCAGGUCAAAGAAGAAGAAAAUGAUCUCUACUACCUCAAAGGAAACGAAGAAGGACACAAAGCUUUACUGUAUUUGUAAAACGCCUUACGAUGAAUCUAAGUUCUAUAUUGGCUGUGAUCUUUGUACUAACUGGUAUCAUGGAGAAUGUGUUGGCAUCACAGAAAAGGAGGCUAAGAAAAUGGAUGUGUACAUCUGUAAUGAUUGUAAACGGGCACAAGAGGGCAACAGUGAGGAAUUGUACUGUAUCUGCAGAACACCUUAUGAUGAGUCACAAUUUUAUAUUGGCUGUGAUCGGUGUCAGAACUGGUACCAUGGGCGCUGCGUUGGCAUCUUGCAAAGUGAGGCAGAACUCAUUGACGAGUAUGUCUGCCCGCAGUGUCAGUCAACGGAGGAUGCCAUGACAGUGCUCACGCCGCUAACAGAGAAAGAUUAUGAGGGUUUGAAGAGGGUGCUGCGUUCUUUACAGGCCCAUAAGAUGGCCUGGCCUUUCCUUGAACCAGUGGAUCCUAAUGAUGCGCCAGAUUAUUACGGUGUUAUUAAGGAACCUAUGGACCUCGCCACCAUGGAAGAAAGAGUACAAAGAAGAUAUUAUGAAAAGCUGACGGAAUUUGUAGCAGAUAUGACCAAAAUUUUUGAUAAUUGUCGUUACUACAAUCCAAGUGACUCCCCUUUCUACCAGUGUGCAGAAGUUCUUGAAUCAUUCUUUGUUCAGAAAUUGAAAGGAUUCAAGGCUAGCAGGUCUCAUAACAACAAACUGCAGUCUACAGCUUCUUAAAGUUCAGCGUGUUAACCUAACAUAAAACACAGCAAGAAUCUGGUUGAACUGUUUUAAAUUAAGGAGCCAGAUGUUUUUAGUCAGGUUAUCCUGACAAGACUUGACCUAAACUUCGUUUUUAUUGGUCAUAAACAGUCCAAUUAUAUUCUUGGCCAAUUUUGUCCAACGGACAAGGGAAAAGCAAAGUCAACGACACCAUUAUCUUGUCAAGAUCAAAUGGUUUUACUAUUGUGGCAGAAGCGGGAAAACUUUGUUUAUUGAAGAAAAAAAAAAAAAGAAAGAAAGAAAGAAAAAAAGAUAAUAUGGGGUCAAGUGUAACUCCAUGGAAAUGCCACGUCUGCUCUUCAGUGAAGAAGCUGGUUUAGAGUCUCACAGAAAACUUUCGACUGUAUUUAUUUAUUGUUGCAAAAAAGACGCUUUUUUAUUGCUGCCCUCAUUUGUCAGCUAAUUAUUUUUUCUUAUAAAAUCCAGCCCCAGUUACAUGUAAUCCAUUCUGUAUCUUAUCAUGAUUCCUGUAGGUAAAAGUACAAGACGACCUCUAGAUGUCUUUUCUUUCUAUGAAAGGAGCUGCUAUGUACACAUGUGCACACACACACAACUGGGAAUCAACAAUGAGUUUAUUGUUCAUAGUAGAUAAAAAUUAAGCUUGCAUAAAGAUUGGGCUAAGUGGUCCUGGACUACAGACUCUGUUGCCUUGAAUAUAACAGUACAAUUUGUCAUUUACUCUGCAC